CAACUUCCCGUCCAAUCGGCGCCGCGGACAGAGCUAGGUGGGAGGCUGCCGAAAGCGCUUCGUCAUUAUCGGAGCUCGGGAGUCGAGACGCCUCCUCCGCCUCCUCCUCCUCCCCUCCCGUCACCGCUCGGUUGAAGUCAACCCCAACAAGUCAGCCCUCUCAAGUCGUCGUCGUCGCCGCCGCCGUCAGCGCCAACCGCGAACCGUCAUGUCUGAGGUGAAGAAGAAGGAGCCGGCGCCAAAGAAGGCGGAGGACGAGAAGAAUCGCAAGGAGAAGGCGCCCGACGAGAAUCAGGACCUGUCUGACGAAGACAAGCAGCUGCAGGAGGAGCUGUCGCUGCUGGUGGAGCGCCUCUCCGAGACGGAGGCCCCCGCCCUGCAGCGCGCCGCCCUGGAGGAGCUGCGCCGUCAGAUCCGCAGCUCCACCACCUCCAUGACGUCCGUGCCCAAGCCGCUCAAGUUCCUGCGGCCGCACUACGCCGCCCUCUGCGCCGCCUGGGAGGCCACGCCGCCCGGCGAGGAACGCCGGUUCUGCGCCGACAUCGUCUCGGUGCUCGCCAUGACGGUGAGCGCCGAGCGCGACUGCCUGCGCUACCGCCUGCGCGGCUCGCAGGAGCCGCUGGCGUCGUGGGGCCACGAGUACGUGCGCCACCUCGCCGGCGAAGUGGCCAAGGCCUGGCAGGACGCGACCGAGGAAGACGGCGGCGGCGGCGGCGAAUCCGAAGGCGUGGCGGCAGCUGGGGGCGGGCGCGCGGCGCUGCUGAAGCUGGUGGAGGAGAUCGUCCCGUACGACAUGGCGCACAACGCGGAGCCCGAGGCGUGCGACCUCCUCAUGGAGAUCGAGCGCCUGGACCUGCUGUCGGCGCACGUCGACGAGUCGACCUUCACCAAGGUGUGCCUCUACCUGACGUCGUGCGUGAGCUACGUGCCCGAGCCCGAGAGCGGCGCCCUGCUCCGCUGCGCCCUCGCCACGCUGCGCCAGUUCGGGCGCCACCCCGAGGCGCUGCGCCUCGCGCUGCAGCUCAACGACGCCGACCUGAUCGCCGACGUCUUCUCGUCGUGCCGCGACGUCACCGUGCAGAAGCAGAUGGCCUUCGUGCUGGGCCGCCACGGCGUCUUCCUCGAGCUCAGCGAGGAGCUCGAGGAGUUCGAGGACCUCACCGAGAUCAUGUCCAACGUGCAGCUCAACUCCAACUUCCUGUCGCUGGCGCGCGAGCUUGACAUCAUGGAGCCCAAGGUGCCCGAGGACAUCUACAAGACCCACCUCGAGAACAACCGCUUCGGCCCCAGCGGCUCGCAAGUGGACUCGGCGCGCAUGAACCUGGCGUCGUCGUUUGUCAACGGCUUCGUGAACGCCGCCUUCGGGCAGGACAAGCUGCUGACGGAGGAGGGCAACAAGUGGCUGUACAAGAACAAGGAGCACGGCAUGCUGAGCGCCACAGCCUCGCUGGGCCUCGUGCUGCUUUGGGACGUCGACGGGGGCCUGACGCAGAUCGACAAGUACCUGUACUCCACGGAGGAGUACAUCAAGGCGGGCGCGCUGCUGGCGUGCGGCAUCGUCAACUCGGGCGUGCGCAACGAGUGCGACCCGGCGCUGGCGCUGCUCUCCGACUACGUGCUGCACGCGAGCAACACGACGCGCGUUGGCGCCGUCUUCGGCCUGGGCCUGGCAUACGCGGGCUCGAACCGCGAGGACGUGCUCGCGCUGCUCCUGCCGGCGCUCGCCGACGGCAAGGCGAGCAUGGAGGCGGUGGGCGUGGCGGCGCUCGCCUGCGGCAUGAUCGCCGUGGGCUCGUGCAACGGCGACGUCACCUCGGCCGUGCUGCAGGCGCUCAUGGAGAAGUCGGAGGCGGAGCUGCGCGAGACCUACGCCAAGUGGCUGGCGCUGGGACUGGCGCUCACCUACCUGGGGCGCGGCGAGGCCGUCGAGACCAUCCUGGCGGCGCUCGAGGUGGUGCCGGAGCCCUUCCGCAGCUUCGCCAACGUGCUGGUGGACGUGUGCGCCUACGCGGGCUCGGGCAACGUGCUCAAGGUGCAGCAGCUGCUGCACGUGUGCAGCGAGCACUACGAGGGCAAGAAGGACUCGUCGGACGAGGGCGCCGACAAGAAGGACAAGAAGAAGGACGCGGCGGGGGGCGGCUCGGGGGCCGACGCCGGCGCCCACCAGGGCGCGGCCGUGCUGGGCAUCGCCCUCAUCUCCAUGGGCGAGGAGAUCGGCGGCGAGAUGGCGCUGCGCACCUUCGGCCACCUGCUGCGCUACGGCGAGGCGCACGUGCGGCGCGCCGUGCCGCUGGCGCUCGCGCUCCUCUCGGUGUCCAACCCGCGCCUCGGCCUGCUCGACACGCUCAGCAAGUUCUCGCACGACUCGGACGCCGAGGUGGCGCACAACGCCAUAUUCGCCAUGGGCAUCGUGGGCAGCGGCACCAACAACGCGCGGCUCGCCGCCAUGCUGCGCCAGCAGGCGCAGUACCACGCCAAGGACCCCAACAACCUGUUCAUGGUGCGCCUGGCGCAAGGCCUCACGCACCUGGGCAAGGGCACUCUGUCGCUGUCGCCCUACCACAGCGACCGGCAGCUGCUGUCGCAGGUGGCGCUGGCGGGCCUGCUGGCGGUGCUCGUGUCCUUCCUGGACGUGCGCACGGUCAUCCUGGGCCGCUCGCACUACGUGCUGUACGCGCUCGUGUCGGCCAUGCAGCCGCGCAUGCUGGUGACGUUCGAUGAGGAGCUGCGCCCGCUGCCCGUGGCGGUGCGCGUGGGCCAGGCGGUGGACGUCGUGGGCCAGGCGGGCAAGCCCAAGACCAUCACGGGCUUCCAGACGCACACGACGCCCGUGCUGCUGGCGCACGGGGAACGCGCGGAGCUCGCCACCGAGGAGUACCUGCCCGUCACGCCCAUCGUGGAGGGCUUCGUCAUCCUGCGCAAGAACCCCAACUACGACAGCUGAGGGGUGGAGACGAGGCGGCGGGUGAGGGGCGCAGAGAGAGAGAGAAAGCGGAGUGGGAGGGAAGGAGGGAGGGAGAGACGGAGAGAGGAUUGGAGUGGGGAGGAGAGAAAGAGUACGGGUUAGCAGGGAAGAGGGAGGAGAGAGGCGUUAGGGAGUAGGGGAGAGGAGAGGGAGGGAGUGCGAGAGGGGGAGAGGUGGGGAGAGAAGGGAGGAUAUUAAGGUGGGUGACCAAAAGAGGCGCCACUCACUCUCCUGAAAUCUUCUGAAUUUGGAUCGCAGCUUUCACGUCAUUCAGACUAAACUGGUUUUAAGAGUGUGUGGGGCUAUAGCACCUCCUUCAAUCAAAGUAUAACUUCGGUUAGGGCGGAGGGGGGGGGUCAGAGCAAGGAGACAUGUCUCAGUUGCUGCAUAAAAAAUGUUUUUUAGUGGUUGCUUGCAGCCCUGCUGCACAAGACCACGAGCAACACCCAAGGGUUCUAAUCCUCGAGUUUUUUUACCCCCUUCCUCAGCUUAGAGCAGUGAUUCUUAACAUUCACUGCAGCCUUUGCACCCCUUUGGUUCUCAACCGUUGAAACUAAAAUUAUAAUGCAAAUAAAUCCAAAGGUUUGAUGAAACAAAGUAAGUCGUACUUUACGUGCCCGUGCUUAAUUUGUGAUUUCGACGAUUUACCUUCUAACAAUGAAGAAAUCUGGCCAUGUCCCGUGCGCCCCCAGAAAGGGCAUCUCGCACCCCCCGGUUAAGAACCACUGGCUCAGAGGAUGAACUGGCUGAGGGUUAUGGUAGGUUUCGGGGCCGUCUCGCCCCCUGCUCGCAAUCACACGGUGACUCUAACCUGACGAUUCUGGGGGGAGGGGUGGGGGGAGUUAUAGCAUUGCUGCGAUUUAAGGGGCGAAUUAGGAUUUGGGGUGGCGUUUUGGGUGUGAAGGAUGACUGGGGGCGGGGGGGGGGGGGUGGUGGUUGCCACCUGGUAAGACUCGUGGUAAGGGCAAUACCUAGUCUGGCUCUCUUACCGUGCGGUGCCCGGGUUUAGAGUUAUGGCUAAAGAGUGCCACGGUGGCGACAUGCUGACUACCUCGCUUGGUAUACAGGAGGUCGUGGGUUAGAUCCCGACCCUGACGCCUGCUGUAUAUUUGGAGUUUGCAUGUUCACCCCGUGGCCGCGUGGAUUUUUCUCCGGGUCCUCUGUUCUUUUCCCCCACCACGUUUAGAAUCAGAAUCGCGUGUUUUUUUGUUAUAUUUGGCAACUCGUACAAAUUUCCACCUGACGAUGAGCAACUUCGUGUUGAGCUAUCACAUUUGUGAUAGCCAGGUCGCUUCUGAUAAAAAAAAAACGAGCUACGCAGCUCAGUGGGGCCUUACCUGGUAAAAUAAGAACAAAACUUUAUCGUUUUAAAGUUUAAGUUUGUUCCUGCUCUGUCGCAGGUUUACCCCUUCACGGAGGUCAGAGUUACAGAUUGAAAGUCAGGUUCAGAGUUUAAUCGAGACCGGAGUUCACUUCGGGUUAUUAACCCCCCCCCCUUCCUCCCCCCUCUUUUACACUCAAACCAGACUCGACACAGCUUGUGUAAAAACAAAAAUAAAUAAAAAAGUACACGAUAAAAAUAUAACGUCAUGUUCCGUGAAUUUAAAAAAGCAGCGUCCCCCCCCCCGCUGUCUUUGGCGUGUGACCGUUUUUCCCCCCCCUUGGGCGCACGAGGCGAUUGCUGUCGGCAAUCCACGGAGGAGAACAAAAAAAAUAACGCGUAGACUAAACGUCGACCGGAUAACCGGCAUAAACAGUUGGCGGCGGCGGUGGGGUGGGCGUGUUGAGUGGAGUUAAUAAGGGUGUAGAUAUACUACUGGGAGCAUCCACGGGGGAGCCGAGAUGUUAACUGCCUCGCCUGGUAUACAAGAGGCUCGUGUUCGAUCCCGAACCUGAUGCCUGCUGUAUGUUUGGAGUUUGCGUGUCCUUUCACUCCCUUGAAUUGAGGAUGUCGGCUACUGCUAUAAAUUUCCACGCGACGACGAUAAGCCACUUGAGCUAUUGUUCGUGUCCCAGGUUGCUUCUGAAAAAGAGCAACGUAGCUCAGUGGGGACUUGCCUGGUAAAAUAAAAAAUAAUUAAUAGUUAGCCUUACCUUCACCCCCCCACCUCCGCCCCACGUGAAAAUGGACACGUCCGUUGCAUGUCGCCCACGGUUACAUAACACCCAAUAGACCCGUCCAGCGCUCGUUAGUCGAGGACGUAAACGCACGCGUUUAUCAGGCCUCCCUCCCCCACGCAGCGUCGGUUGUUUGACCAUACUUCACCGCUCUGGUCCGUGUGCGGACGCGGGCGGACGCUUGACAAAGCGGCUCCCGGUUCAUACAAGAAAUGCGGCUGCCCGCGUAACCAUUGUCGGUCCUGAGCCAAUGGUGGGAAUCCCGCAUUUUUUUUAUGCCUGGGGCCAGGUUAUCCGUAGAACAUUGAAUGCCUGCUGACUUCCCGAUGUAGUCCCCUACGUAUUUUAUCCACUCUGGAGGGGAUGAUGGGCUGAGCUGACCGCAGUGCCGGUGACCCCAGCAUAGAUUGGUCCCCUGUAGCUUAGGCCUGUUCACACUGGGCUGUUCACACCAUCCUGUUCCGUCAGAACAGGUGCCGUAGUGGUCACGACGAUUACCGAGUCAGUUUCGUCAGGAAGAACGUUAUAUCGGAUCUACAUUUUGUUCCAAACAAAACCCGCUCGUUUGGAAUUGGGGGGGGGGGGGGGUGGGCGGUGGGAAUCCUAUUCAGAAUUGCGGAAUGCCGACACCUCGACCGGGAAGUCACGCUUUUACGCGAUCCGGAGAUUUUUUUUUUUAUCACGGUUUGGGAAUAACCCACGAACUUUCCUUUUCCCAGGAUUUGGUGUUUGUCCUGUUCCGCGGCCACAUACCAGCCAACCCAUCCCUCCGUCCGCAUGCAAAGGGCAGCGGCCGCUGGUCAGUUUACUCGCCUGGUCGUGGACACAGGUGGCCAUCAAUAAAGUUUCACUGCUGGCCCUCGUUCCAUAAGAGUGCUGCGGAAAGCCCGCGGAAAGUCGCCGCCGCUUGCACAUGAUUAGAUCACUUUCUCGUAGCAAGCGGUGGCGGGGUAGGGGGGUGGUGGUGGUGGUGGUGUGGUCUGCGCGCGCGCGCGUGUGCGCGCGGUGCAUUCGAACUGGAUUUGUGCUUCGUGUGUAUUCGGCGAGGCUCGUGGAAGGAAGGCGGCUGCCUGGGACACGCUCUCUGGCAGUCCCCAACGACGCAGGUGCCCGCGUGUUUCUUUUUCGUCGGCAACGUCCGCAACAAGUAAUAAAACGUUUGUACUUGUA